AUGAUCAAAUUGCAAAUUUAUUGUGUGGAGAUUUAUGAGAUAUUGAUGAAUUUGAAGAGAACAAAUAUUAUACCAUUUAAAGGCCGGAGCACUAUAAAACAGUAUAACAAAGCAAAGCCUCACAAAUGGGGUAUAAAAGAAUUUGCAUUAGCAUCAAAAAAUGGAUUUGUACAUGAUUUUGAAUUGUAUGUAGGAAAAGGAACAAUAAAAUCAAAAUCUACUCUGGGAUUAAGUGUUUACAUCAUAUCAAUUGAUGUGCAAUUUGAAACAAUUUGGAAUAUUGGCAAAUGGAACUUUGGUUGUAAAUGGUUCGACAAUAAAUUUGUACACUUAUUUUCUAACUAUAUUGGCCCUGAACCUACAGAUGAAGUUCAACGUUGGUCCACUACAUCUAAAACAAGAAUUCCUGUUCAAAGACCUGCUGUUGUAAAAGAGUAUAACUCAUUCAUGGGUGGUGUAGACCUGCAUGACAUGUUAGUAGAAAUAUAUCGCAUUGAUAUUAGAAGAAAAAACAAAGUGAAGAAAAGAGGUAAGCCAAGUUCUUCAAAUUCUACUACACCACCACAAAAAAAGUACAAAACCAGUACAAGACCUGCUAAUGAUAUACGUUUUGAUUGCUAUGAACAUUGGCCUGAGAAUAUCAAUAAUAAACAGAGGUGUAAACAUUGUAUCAAGGCUUAUUCCAGGACUUGGUGCAGUAAAUGCAAAUUAGUGUUAUGCUACACAGGACCUCGUAAUUGUUUUAAAGAUUAUCAUCAAAAAUGA